GUCUUUCAGACUUGGAGUUCUGAAUUUACCUGAAGUAUUCGACUCAUUUUUUGUUACUUUCAGGCAUCUUUCGACCACUGUGCGUUAGCGUCGUCGACGAUUGUAAACAAACGCCGCCCACUUUACGUCUCACGCACGCACGAUAAAGUGAUAAAGUACCUAAGUGUUUUCCACCAUGUACCAAACGAAUCUCAAUCCGAUCGCAGUUCUGAACGGUACCAAAGUGUUCCCGUCGAUAUCGCAACCAAAAAUCGUGGGAUGUUUCAGCGUAGGUCCCGGAAGGGAAUUCAUUCCUACGGGCGAUAAUCUGAAGUAUCUAAGUUUACCGCGCGACGACGAUCGGCUACGAAUCGAUCUCAACGAAGGAUUCGAAAUCCGGGUGCCCAAACCGGACAGUGCCAAGCAGGAGCGCAUUGAUCAUCUGUUGCGGUUUAUUGUGGGGAAUUUGGAUCGGUUACGUGCUGAAGAUGAGCCUGGGCGAGGAUCCAAACCGUUGAUCUGCGACUUUGUGUGCUUCCGGGGUUUGCUGAGGAUGGUGAUGUGCACUCCGUACGAGAGGAGGACCAGUUGGAUCAUAUUGGCUACCUGGUACAAGGGAACGAUUUACCUGUGUGCGAAGGAUACGCCAGAGAAGUUGCACGAGGAGGCACAGCAAACCGAACAGCAGAAGCGGUUCUGCUACUACGGGUUCAAGUUCGAGCAGCACGUUCUUACGGACGACCUCGACAGCCCCGCACCUGACACAACGGCCCCUGUGCAGGAAUCGGAAGAAUUCUGCGCCAUGUUCAGCACCACCCUCGAAGGUAAACGACUCCUGUACGGAGCGGAAAUGGAUGGCAUUCUUUCCCCGAACAAGCCAAUCGACAAGGACAACCCAUCGCCAGACGUUCUGAACCGGUUGGAAUUCGUCGAGGUGAAGGUGAAGCGACGCGAAACCAAUCAACGGCAGGUCGAUAAUUUCUACAGGUUUAAAACGCGCAACUGGUGGUGUCAGAGCUUCCUGGUGAAUGUGGGGAAGAUUUUCGUUGGGUUACGAGACGAUCGAGGUAUUGUGGACGAAAUUCAGGAGAUGAGCCUGAAGGAACUGGAUCGGGAAUCCCGGCAGCAUUGGUCGGCGUCGGUUUGCGUGAAUUUCGGGUCGCAGUUUUUAAGUCAAGUCGCCGACGUUAUGCGGGGAGUAGACUCUAAAGACACGGUCUACAGAUUUGAGUACGAUCCAAACAGAUUUAGAAAUGUUUUCUAUAGUGUCCAUAAUGGAUAUGAGGAGUCGUUCCUUCCGGAUUGGUAUUGCGCUGUUGUUAAAUGAUCCUUUGUUAUAAACAAAUAAAUUCAUAUUCUAAACUCAA